GUUUAUUUUAAUGCUGAGCUAGUGUAGGUAGAACGCAAAGCAUUCUACAAUGUAAUGAGAACUUAUGUUUUUAAUUUUUCAUAAAAGAGGAGGAGGAAAAAAAUAAAGCUAAAAUUACGUCAUACAAUUUGAUCUAACUUUGUUCCCGAGAUGGGUAAACAAUUUUGUUUUUUGUUUUUUUGUUGUUCUUAUUCCUUGUAAUAAACAGAAAUGGACAUUGAUAAUGGACAUGAUUAUGAAUCACUAGGUGCUAAUUCAACCAUGGGACAAAAUGCUAUCGCUGGUGCUUUGGCUGGUAUUGGAGAACACUGUAUUAUGUACCCAGUUGAUAGUAUCAGAACAAGAAUGCAAGUUUUGACUGCGCCGGAAUUAACUACUGUAAUCAAGGACGCGUCCCAGAAACAAUUACGGAAAAAGAGUCGACAUUUAUGGAGAGGAGUUUAUUCAGUAAUUGCAGGUGCUGGUCCUGCCCAUGCUGUUCAUUUCGCUACUUAUGAGUUUUGCAAAGAAAAAUUGAGCGAUCAAUUAUCUCUUAAUACAAAAUUAAGAGCGCCUGGUAGUACAUUUGAGAUAUCCAACCAAUUAAUUGCUUCUGGUACUGCUGGUGCUAUUGCUACAUUUGCUCAUGAUUUUAUGAUGACACCCUUUGAUGUUUUAAAGCAAAGGAUGCAACUACAGGAUUCGACAUACAAAUCUGUGCGUGAAUGUGCUCGAACAGUGUAUAGCAAGGAAGGAAUAAGAGCUUUUUAUAUAUCGUUUCCGACAACUGUUAGUAUGUCUAUUCCAUUUCAGACAAUUCAAUUUGCUACAUACGAGUAUUGUCGAGCACGUUUAGAUCCUAAUGGAGCCUACAACCCCAAAGUGCACAUGAUGGCAGGUGCCAUCUCAGGUGCUGUUGCUUCUUCUGUCACAACACCGUUAGAUGUGAUUAAAACACUGUUACAAACAAGAGGAUCUUCCACAGACUUAGAAAUUAGAAAUGCUACAGGUUUUAAAGACGCUGCUCGCAUCAUUUACAACAGACAUGGCUUGAUGGGUUUCUUUCGAGGAUUUCGUCCUCGUGUACUCACAAAUAUGCCAAGUACUGCAAUCAGCUGGAGUGUCUAUGAAUAUUUUAAAUGGUUCUUGUCCAGUGAUCGAGACGAUAAAUUUAGAGACCGUAUUUAAAAAGAUCAUCGUGCUCCUUCUUCUUUUCCUAUACAUGUAUAUAAUAAUUAUCGAUUUUUUCUUUUUGGUUGCUGUAUGAUAGACUCUUAAUAAAAAUAAUAAAAAUGCGU